AUGAGUAGCAAAGUUCAUCCAGUGACCGAUCAGUCACAAGAACCAAUGACACUGACAAGGAACCUCAACUCGGAAGUUUCUGUAGGUCCAUGGGUUCCAGUAACCUGGAAUGGUGACGUUAGAGAAUCAAGGAAACGACAUACGCAAUACGCAAUCCCCCAGGAACUCAAUGUGAUAUUUAUCGCAUCCCGGAAAAAGCAGAGCCAUUACGCAUGCGACACUGGUAGGGCUUCUAGUCAAUACAGCAUCACAAUCGAUGGAAACGGAGCGGCAACAGCUCCCGUGGAUGGACCAACUUAUGAUACCAAUCAUAUAAUUGCCACAAUGCGUAGAAAGUACCAGCUAUUGCUGCCGAUUCUGCGUUAG